AUGUCUCUUCACUACAAGCGUCUUAUUGACUGUGUCUCCUCGGCCUGCCCCAGGUGCAUCGUGGCCGCAGCCGUCACCAUUGCGUCAGAGUGGAGUUGCCGUGGCAGCCCUGACGGAGGGCAGGAGGAUGCCGGCGACGAGGAGGGGCUGGGCGACGGAGCGGACCGCGGGCUGGACGGGGACCCCGAGGGGGUGUGGAGCCCCGACAUCGAGCAGAGCUUUCAGGAAGCCCUGGCUAUCUACCCUCCGUGUGGCCGGAGGAAGAUCAUCUUGUCGGAUGAGGGCAAGAUGUAUGGUCGCAAUGAGCUCAUAGCUCGCUAUAUCAAGCUACGCACCGGGAAGACACGCACACGCAAACAGGUGUCUAGUCACAUUCAGGUUCUGGCGCGCAAGAGGGUACGAGAAUACCAGGCAGGCAUUAAGGCCAUGAACGUGGACCAAGCAUCCAAGGACAAGGCCCUUCAGACUGUAGCCAACCUGUCGUCAGCCCAGAUCGUCUCUGCUAGUGUACUCAAAGCCCAGAGCCCCUUCCCUCCGCCCGUCAGGUUUUGGCCCGGCCCUAUCCCAGGACAGCCCGGCCAUUCUCAGGACAUCAAGCCUUUUGCACAGCCUCCAUACACAACACUACCAGCUCCAGUCCCAGCCCCCAUCAGCUACGAGCCCCUGCCGGCCCCCCGGCCCGUGGCCGUAGCAGCGCCGGUGUGGCUGAACCGAACCAUCGCCUCGGAGAAACUCCGGCUCCUGGAAUACUCCGCCUUCAUGGAGACCUCUCAGAGGGACUCAGACACGCAUAAACACCUUUUCGUGCACAUCGGCCAGUCGAACCCGAGCUACAGCGACCCGGUGCUGGAGUCUGUGGACGUCAGGCAAAUCUACGACAAGUUCCCUGAGAAGAAGGGCGGCUUGAAGGAGCUCUACGAGAAGGGGCCACAAGACGCCUUCUUCCUGGUCAAGUUCUGGGCGGACCUGAGUCCGGAUGGGGACGAGGGCUCUGCAGUGUUCUACGGCGUGAGCAGCCAGUACAGCGGCGCUGACAACAUCACCAUCAGCGUCUCCACCAAGGUGUGCUCCUUCGGCAAGCAGGUGGUGGAGAAGGUGGAGACUGAAUAUGCACAGGUGGAAGGGGGGAAGUGCAUGUUCCGCAUCCACCGCUCGCCCAUGUGUGAAUACAUGAUCAACUUCAUCCACAAACUCAAGCAGCUACCAGAGAAGUACAUGAUGAACAGCGUGCUGGAGAACUUUACCAUCCUGCAGGUGGUGUCCAACAGAGAGACUCAGGAGACGUUGCUGUGCAUCGCCUUCGUGUUUGAGGUGUCCACCAGUGAGCAUGGAGCCCAGUACCACGUUUACCGGCUAGUCAAAGACUAGCGCAGCGCAUGCCACCACCACCCCACUGUUACCGAUUAAGCUUAUGACGCUCGUCUUGUAGGAUAACACUACUUCUACACACACUACACACGCGCUUUGCGUUUCUCCAACACAGUGCUCCUGUACCAUUAAUAACUAGAAUAGUUUCCCCGGCCAUGUCAACUGCCAUCUUCAUCGGCAAAAACUUGUUUUAGAACUUUUAGACGUGAGUGGUGACAUCUUCAUUCAUUUGCUCUGAAUGAUGGACAGAAAAAUGUAUUUUAUAGUGUUUUCUUUUUUAUUCUUGUGAAAUUCAAAACUUAGAAAGGACCUUGGGAAUACAUGUUGGACUACAGACUUUUAUAUUGGUAAUACGAUGAGAACACAAACAAUGAAUCUAAACAGGGUAAAUUGGAAACCUUUUUAAUUGCAACGUGGGUGAACGGACCUAGUCCGUGUUGAGGAUAUCAUCGACAGAACAUAUCAUCGUCAUCUUUUAGAAAUAAAUAAAUAUGUAUUGACCAUAGGGUUAACACGUUUUGGGUACGGUGGACAUAUUGAAUCGCCUUCUUAACAGAAUCACAAUAGCCCAAAGAGGUCCCCGGCUGUUUUCAUCAGAUAACCAUCAACCACAUCUUUCUCACAGCCUUUCUGUUUUUCACACGUGGGUAGCAUCAGAGGCUCUGGCCCCCUGCUGCUCUAUCAUUUUGAUGCAGUAUUUCUACCUCCACACGGGUUGGAUAUCAGAAUGUGUUAAUGGUUCACUCAAGCCUUAACCGUAGGAGCACUGAUCUUAUGGAUGUAAACACUACACUCUAAACGGUACUGUUCAUAAGCCAAAUUGAGAUAAACGGACUCGUUUUGUAUAGGUGAAUUAUUUUUGUUUUAUUUUGUAUUUUAUUAACGCGGCUUGAAGUGUCACUGCAAAAACAAAAAAAAGCAAGACGUGUAUUUUGGCUCUUUUCUUUUUUUAUAAUGUAUGCAAGACAUCGAGGCACAGACCAACAUUAUGGUCACCACUAAAGUGCACUGGUGUACAUAUCGCCAUGACAACACUAAGGAAUAAUGAUAUCGCUAUUUGCAUACCGGUAUGUUUUUGGUUUUUUUUGUGCAUUGAUUAUGAUAUAUAAUUACGCCUAACUGUAAAAAAAAAUAUGUUUGUCAGCCUAGGCUUUUAAUUUUAGCCAUUUUUAUUUUCCUCAUACAGGUGUCUUUUGUUCUGUUGACAAUGAUUUGACUUGAGAUGUUGUAUAUGAUGGAUGUGAAGAGCUAAGGUGUUGAUGAUGAUGAUGUUUCACACCGCAUCAGUCACGGAUGAGGAGCGGAGCAGUCCUAGCAAAGAGAUGGACUUCCAUCAGAGUGUCUCACCCUGUAACAGUAGGCUGUGUUGUGUGCAGUAUUUUGAUUCUGCCUAAUCACUCCUCCGGUCAAGUCUGCUCGGUGCAAUCUGUAGUCUCAACGCUGUAUAAAAUAAAAAUCACAUUGUGCCUACAGAUCAUUAGAUUGUAACUUAAUUUUUUAUCCCGUCUAUUUUCGGAAGUAUCAGGCCCUAAGAACGGAAUCAGAUUAGUCUUUGGAAAGGUAUGGAAAUCUAAAACAACUUUUGUAAUUGUACUGUGUGGCAUUUACCCUUUAACCAGUAUUAUAAGUGGGCUUAUUGAAAACUGCAACUUCACCGUAACGUUUCUUUGCCUUUAACUUGCCAUUACUUUGCCCUCGGUCCCUUCUGUCUAGAGAAUUUAAAUUGAUUUACUAUAUAACUGGUGUAUUAAAAUAUUAAGUGUCUUGUACAGGGCAGCAUUAUCA